AUGAAUUGUGCACUAUCGAUAACAAAUCAAAGCACUUACCCGCGUGCAACAGUCAUCGUAGUGUGACCUAAACGUGUUUCGGUUUUAACAAUUAUAAAUAAGCUGCGCGGCAUGCAAAAACAGAAGCCCCGAGGUCCUGGCAAGCCAGGAUCACGUGCGCCAUCCAAGCCGGGCAGCAGCCACAAACCCAACAACAAGCAACACAAUCAGAAACGGGCUAAAGAGCUGUCACGCUCUAAAUUGGCCGCAACCGAGACGGAAAUUCAGGAAUUACGUGCCAAAUAUGAUGAAAUCGACGCAGAUACGAUUAAAACCUUUGCCCAGUUUCCACUAUCACAGAAAACACAAAAAGCCUUAGCCGAGGCCAAGUACACAACGCCUACCGAGGUGCAGCGUUUGAGUAUAGGACACGCGCUACAGGGCAAAGAUGUGCUUGGAGCAGCUAUCACGGGCAGCGGCAAAACUUUGGCCUUUCUUAUACCCGUCCUGGAACAUCUGUAUAUGAGUAAAUGGUCCCGUUCUGAUGGAGUUGGAGCCAUUAUCAUCUCUCCAACACGUGAGCUAGCCUACCAAAUCUUUGAAACACUGAAGAGAAUCGGCAAGCAUCAUGAUUUCUCUGCGGGUCUUAUUAUUGGCGGCAAAAAUCUAAAAUUCGAACGCACGCGUAUGGAUCAAUGCAACAUACUGAUAUGCACACCUGGUCGAUUACUCCAGCACAUGGACGAGAAUCCCCUGUUUAAUACAACCACAAUGGAGCUGUUGGUACUGGACGAGGCGGAUCGCUGCCUGGACAUGGGCUUCCAAAAGACACUCAAUUCUAUAAUCGAAAACUUUCCGCCAGAUCGUCAAACGUUAUUGUUUUCGGCAACUCAAACCAAUACACUGGAGGAUCUGGCCCGACUCAAUCUAAAGAGUCCAGUCUACGUGGGCUAUGGUGCAGCUAAGUCAGUUGACACAAAACCUACAGGAUCCACAGCUGUGUUGGCCUUGCCGGAAUUGCUGCAACAGAGCUAUGUGGUUCUUCCGCUGGAGGAUAAGUUAACGAUGCUGUGGUCGUUCAUUAAGAAUCACCUGAAGCAAAAGAUCAUUGUCUUUGUUUCCAGCUGUAAGCAGGCGAAAUAUUUGUAUGAGAUCUUUUGUAAAUUGCGACCAGGCGUUGGAUUGCUGGCACUUUAUGGCACCUUGCAUCAGGAUCGUCGCAUUGCCAUCUAUGAGGACUUUCUGCGCAAAAGCCAUGUGGUCAUGUUUGCCACGGAUGUGGCUUCACGCGGCCUAGACUUUCCCUCCGUUAACUGGGUUCUGCAGCUGGAUUGUCCCGAAGAUGUAUCCCAAUAUAUUCAUCGGGCAGGUCGCUCGGCACGCAAUAAAAAUCGAGGUGAAUGCCUUCUGGUGUUGACGCCCAGCGAGGAGGAGUACAUGAUAUCUGCUCUAAAGGAACAGCUUAAUCUCGACAUACGCUCUGUCCUCAUUGAUCCCAAGAAAUUAUUCUCGCCACGCGUCAAAAUCGAAGCGUUUCUCGCACAAUUUCCCGAUUUGCGUGCUUCGGCUCAACGUGCUUUUCUUUCCUAUCUAAAAUCUGUGUUCCUUAUGCGCAAUAAGCGACUGUUUAAUGUGCUUAGCCUUGAUCUGGAUGCCUAUGCCCAGUCCCUGGGAUUGGCUGUCACUCCUCGUGUGCCUUUCAUCGAAAAGCUGAAAUGGCGGCAUAAGCAACAGCAACAGCUGGAACAACCGGAGCGGCAAGCAAAUACAGCAACAGGCUUUGGCCACGACAACGACAAUGAGGAAGAGGAGGAAGCGGAUGACUUUAUAAAGAUCAAGCGGCGGGAUCACGACGUUGAAGGUGAGCCCAUUGAACUGGAGCAGCAGGUGAAACAGGAGUCGGAAGAGGCGCUUGUGGUGCCCAAGCGUGAGAAGCUAGUGACCAAAGCGUCGCUGGCCAAGAAGGCCAUUAAAAAGAACAUACAAAUCAAUUCGAAGCUCAAAUUCGAUGAGGAUGGCCAGACGCUUGCUGAUGAGCGUAACCAAAUGAAGGCGCUGACGACCAGGCAACAGAAGCAACAACAAAAACAAAAGGAUGAUGAUGGUGGCAUCAAUCUAAUGUUGUCCAAGGCACUGCUCAACGAGGAGGAUCAAUAUGAUAAGCAGCGUUUCCGUGAGCUGGUCAAGAAACGCCAUAAGCUGCAGCGCGAGAAAUUGCGCAAAAAGGCAGAUCAACAGCAGAGCGACGACGAGGAGGACGAGGAGCAGCAACAGAAAGAUGAUAAAACACAGCAGUUUGAUAUGGAUAGCGAGAGUGAGCAGUCAGUGGAUUUGUCCUGGCUGCCAGAUCCAGAGAAGAUCUAUAGAAAGAGGGACAAUGUGAAGGAGGAGGAUGUAGAGCAGAAAGAUGAAGAUGAUGAGGAUGAGGAUGAGCAUGACGACGAUGAUGAUGAUGAUGAUGAUGAUGAUGAUGAUGAACCUGUCUUUAAGAAGUCCAGAAUAACAGAUAAGCUAACGCUGCUGGACACUGAAGCCAUAGCAGCUAAUUUGCUGGCCAGCUAAGGCAGAUGCCGCAAAGCGCUGGCCAUGGGCUGCGGCAGGAGCAAGCAGAUAAUGAGGCGCAGAGAAAUGUAGAUUGUUCCAUGCAUCUGACUGUAUGGCAACGAGUACAAGCUGAGGAGGAGAUGGAGUAGGAUUACCUAACUAAACCCAAUUCCAAGCCAAAUUGUGCUCGCCAGCUUUUCGUAGCUUCAUUAUAUAGCCCAAUCCUUAGCUUAAGAAUCUUUUUUAUUUGAAUAAAAAAAAAAACAAGGAAACAACGAAAUGUAAAUGCUUCACAAAU